AGUUCGCGGUCGAGUUGGGUUUUGAGGUCUUGGAGUUGGGGCAGGGGGAGAGUGGAGAGGUCGACUGGAGAGGGGAUUGUUAGUGGGGUUCAUGGAAAUCGAGGGUGUGCAUGAGGUUGGAAGUGGGGGGACGUACUUUGGUUCCCUUGGGGUGCUUUGGCGGCCAUUAUUGCAGAGAUUGGUGAGCUGAUGUUAUCAUUUAGGAGAGUGGGAGGUGUGGUUGCUUGUUGAAAGGUGCGAGGACCCACGAGCGGGGACGGAAGGUUUUCACGAGGAGCUCGGGAACGCGUCCAAGAGCUUCGAGAGCUUCAGCGCUCAUAAGUUAACAACCCUUAACCCAAUUGCACUUUGCAAUGCCACUGCGUCUCCGCGCAAGGACAGCUACCUCUGCAUGGCGCCGUCUACACUCCACACAAAGUCGCACAUUUCUCCCCAUCGCUGAACACGCAGACAGCAAAGCGCAGAGCUUUGACCCGCUGAGACCGGCAAUCUUUCGCAACCGCUUCGGUGACAUACCUGCUAUAUCCAAAUGGUUCACACCUCAUUCUAGCGAGUCUGGUUUCCAUGAGCUCAAUGCCUCCUACCUAGAGCCCUAUGGCUCGACCCUCGUCCCACUCGAACUCACCCGCUUGCACACCACAGCUCGCGAGGAUGCACGCAUCUCCUCCUUCGAACGGCUCCAAACGCCGCUCUCCCUGCUCAUAUCCCAUAUUACCAGCUCAUACGACCCAUCGACGCGCCUAUACCUCGCUCAAUGUCCCCUCGAAGACCUCCCGGCCGAACUACAAAAAGAUCUCCCAAUGCCAGACCUAGUCUCUCAAAUCGGGAAAGGGGAUGUGUACGGCUCGAGUCUGUGGAUGGGGAAACCUCCGACCAUGACGCCGCUGCAUAGAGACCCUAAUCCCAACCUGUUUGUGCAGCUUGCGGGGAAGAAGAUUGUUAGGAUGAUGAAGUCCAACGCCGGGAGGGACUUGUAUAUGCGCGUGCGGGCGGGCAGUGGACAUGCGAAUAUGAGGGGUGAGGAGAUGAUGGUGGGAGAUGAGAAUGCGAGGCUUGAGACGGCGGUUUGGGGAAAGGAAGGACGGGCGGAGGGGAUCCAGGGGUGGGAGGCCGAAUUGCAGAGUGGAGACGGAUUAUAUGUCCCGCUGGGUUGGUGGCAUUCGGUAAGGGGGGUGGGCUCAGGAGUCAAUGGAUCGGUGAAUUGGUGGUUUAGGUAAACUGCCCUGCAUGGUUCUCAAGAGGUUGAAGUCGUGGAGAGACAGCGUGUAUGCUCCGGAGAACUAUUCGUCGAAAAGCGGUGCGCUCAACCUUGGAAAGGCCGUCGUUGC